CGCAUCGCAAUGUUUUUGAUUUCGCUCUCCCUUGUCUCUGCAGCGUGGUAGAGAUCGAGAAAUGGCAGCACCUGAGCGACCCAGAUCUCACCACUCAGGUCGAGAUCUUUCCUUUCAGGACCACACCUCCGCGCAGGUUCUGCCAAUGCGUACGGCAACAGGCAAUUUUUCGCAGUCUACACAACCCAACAAAGCCGAAGGCUCGGACAUUGACAGGGCCAUCAGUCUUGCCAUAUCCGAGCACUCUUCGAAAGAGGGUGACGGACCUCUAGUGACAGAGCCAGCAUCAAGCGAAAAAGGCCACAAUGGGAGAGCAGUGCCUUCAGAUCCUAGUGCUAGUGUCAAGCCAAGUAUGAGGAAGAGGAGGGAAAUCGCAAUUGGAUGGGUUCCGGCAUGUCUCGCUGUCAUAAUGCUGGCACUGACAGCGCUGUACGCUAUUCGGCCAGAUCUGUGGAAGAGCGACUUUAUCAACUCGUCUCCAAGCAAUGCAAUUUUUGUUCUCCGAGCCUUAUCCGAAGUGACUGCGUUCUUGCUUGCGAUUACUGUGGCCUCUGCAUUCGAGCUGUUGCAGUGGCUCCUGACCGUCCGCGAAGGCGGCAUACCGCUGACCGAGUUCUUGUGCCUCCAAGAAGGAACCGGGAUUCUGGGACUGAUACAACUUACUGCCGAGGCGAAGGCCAGAGCUAGGACGAGGCUCUGGGGAAGUCUCAGAAUCCUUGCUGUGGUCUUGUUGCCGAUACUGGGUGUCUUGAUCAUGAGCGAGGUGGGCACAGUGCUCAGGUUCGACAAGGUGGGCCAAACAGCCGCACCAUUAGGCUUCGGCUUGGGAUCUUUGAACACCAGCGUGGCGGUGACGUUGUCUCCCCUUACGGACAUACUACUUGGAGCCUCUUUCAGCCAGUUUCUGGAUGAUCCGACUCAUGCUAUAGACAUCUCAGAUGCAAGCCGCAGGAGGGCUUGCUCGACCACAGCCGAUUUGGGAAGUGGACAGACGUGUGAGAGAGUUAUUUACCUCGUUGCAGGGCAGGAGGAGAUAGCUGCACAGAUCACUACAGAUGCACAUCCAAGAGCCGAUUCCUGGCUCGUUGAAGAUCACCAAGGCUAUGUUCUCCGCUUUACUGAAGGAGAUCAUGGCUGGGCGUUUGAAAAUGGGACAGAAUGCCGGACUUACUACACCGAGGCCGUGGGAGCAGCCCUAGGGGUUUUCAGGCUUUGUGCGAAAAAUGUCGCCUCGAAUCAGAUACAGGCGAGAAUCUCAAGCUGCAGCUACAACGACACCCUCUACGGAAACUGUGACAAGGAGUCGACAUGGAAUUCAACACCAACUUGGGCCACGAGCCUGUCCUCUACUUUCCGGCAUGCUAGAAUCGCGUAUUCGAGGCUCAACGGCACCAUCAUCUCUCACGAAUUCAGCAAAAUGUCCGAAACUGUCGCACCACUCAAUUCAAGCGACCUACUGCAGGCAUGGGACAAUUUCCUAGGUCUUGCAAAGUCCACAGACCUGACAACAUCUACCACUCUGGAAAUCUUGGGAUUGGGAGCUGGAAAAUUCAUGUUCCCAGCAAUGAUCGCUUCGAUGCUAAAUGCCAUCACUGCAGUCUCUUCACAAAGUCCGGCCCUCCAAACACGGGCAGUCAAUGCUCUACAGGCACUGCUAGCAAUACCCAUUUACUUUUGUCAACCGGGAUACGUUGAACGGCAAGCUCUCUCGGCGCUACCAAGCAACGUUCUGUUAACUAACUACGACAAAAUCAUCCUUCCUGACGGACUGGAACGCAACAGCCCCGUGUACUUCACCGUAAGCAGAAACCAGAUUGUCGUGGGACUCGCGUCUAUCAUAGCUUAUGUGGUCCUGGGUGGACUCGCCUUGAUACUGUGUUUUAUUGCGCUGGGCGGCGCGACAUUCACCGAGAGGUCGAGACAUGUCCCCGACACCACCGCGUUCCCACUGUUGGAUUUCUGUCGUCAUUGUGUUGUAACGUCCAAAAUCGGGAUGCCCACAGCAGGGGGGACUUUCCAGAGCACCGAGAGCUACGAUGGAGUCGCCAUAAGGGAGAUGGACGUGAAAAUGGCUCACAACGCUGUGUAUUCUUCCGCCUACGAGAGUCGAAAAGAAUAGCGUCGAACCUCCCUCCAGUCGCCACCUGGUGCUGGGCAGGGCCGCAGGGCUUCAAGUUCUUUUGAAGGCAGCCAGUACUGUUCGUGGACUCGGAGCAGAGCGGAGCGGGGGAGGCGAAUGAUAGACUCCUCCUGUCCUGUAGAGCCUCGUGGGAAGAAAGUCCUGGCCCUGGCAUCCUCGACAGUGACGGUGAUGCUUCUCUCUGUCGCCCACAGUCAAAGCUGAAUUCGAGAUCCCCGUGGCAGCCUUCAGCCCAGUAUCGCCACUUCGAAGGGAAGGCAAUAGCAGUAUAAUAUACCACCGUUUCCCACAAGUUCGCAAC